AUGUUACGUACCGAAAGUUUUGACGAUAGAUUAUCAAACUCACCAGAUGAAGAGGGUUAUGAUUUUUAUCCCAUAAAAUCUGGACAAGGAUAUUACCUUAAAUUUACACCACCGUCAGAUGCAAAAUUAUGUUCACGUCUUUACCCGUCGCGUCUAUUGAGCAGAUCACUGCCACGACGCAACCGUAGUUUAGUAAAUUUCAAAAUAAAUCGUUCGUUACAAUUCGACAGCAGCAUUAAUCCGCAGGAGCCACGUCGUAAAAGUGACAGUUUUUUAUCUCCAAAAUCCGUCGGACACUCACCAAUAAAUAGGAAUUUACCAUUAAGUCGUUCAGCUAAAAUAUUGAAAUCAUUAAACAUUGAAUACAGCCCGGUGAUGAAUAAUGAAUACAAGAAAAUAAAUAAAACAUUGAAAUUUGAUUUGUCACCAAGUUCCAGUAGAUUUAAAUCGCCAAUACCUUCAACUGCGUCUAAUAGUCGUUGUAAAUUAUUAUCCAACUCAAGUAUAAAAUCAUCCGGUAUUAAUAAAUCAUUAAAUUUUGACAGCUGUGAUGAUUCUCCGGUGGCAAGUGCACAUGAAACAUCAAUAGAAUCUAUGGACGAGAACCAAAACCAAACACCGUCUUCACAGAAAAGCAGAAAGAUAAAGAAGACUUUGAGUUACUUGUCAUUAAGUUCAAGUGGCAGCGGUACGUCAUCGUCAUUUGAAUUUAAUUUGCUGUCGUCGCCAGGUCUAAGAACAGAAUUACGUGAAAAAAUAGAUGAUAUUGUGGUAACAAGUAUGAUGUCAACGCCACAAUCUAAAUUAUUGUCUGGUCAUAAACAAUUAAUCAAUGAUGAUGAAAUUGCUGUUAGUACUCCAAGGAAUUUGUAUAAAGAUUUUACAGAUGAUGAGAUUGAUACUGAUAAAGGUAAUGAUGACAAUGAUGAUGAAGAGCGACCGGAGACACCAGUGAAUGUUAUACGACUGAUUCCAGAGAGUAUGAGUGCUAUUAAGAAAAGCCAUCGUAAGGAACGCUUCACAGGACGUUUUAUGAAUCGUAUUAGCCAAAAUUCGGCGGAAGAACCUCUAGAAAUGGACGUUGACUCAGAAGAACGGGCUACGACGCCUUUAACAAGUGACGUCCAGAAGAGUCCAAAUUUUAGCAUUCAUUCAAUUAAAAAAUCUCAUAAAAAAGAUAUAAGUAAGAAAAAAUUGUGCGUUAAUCACUCUGAAGAUGAAUUGUCAGACGAUGGAUCUCUCUUUGACUACUCGAGCAUCGAAGAAGAAAAAGUCAAAACUAACUCACCGGGAAGCAAGGCUCUUCCAGAAGUCAACGAAGAAGUAAAGUUUCAAACACCUCCUAAAACCAGACAAAAUGAAACCCAACCAUCUACUCCAGCGACGCCGAAAGCAGGCACUUCAACUGUGAUGACUCCAGAAAAUCGUAUUGACUAUUUAAAAAGGAUAAUGACUGAUUCUAUUAAAAAAUCACACAAAAAACUUAAGGAUUCAAAUAAAAAGACGUUAUUUAAAUCACGUUUGACUGAAAGACAACAAGAAAUCGCUUCUAUACGGACAAACGGAUUGAAUUUAAAUGAAUCCCCUGAACCAGAAAUAAAUUCUUCAAAAUCUCCCAAUACUGAUGCUGAACUCCGUGCUGGUACGCCAGAAAAUAUUAAUUCAAGUAGAAUUUUACUAUCUAAAUUCAGUUCUGUUAAAAAAUCACACAGAAAAGAUAAGCACCGUAAAAUUGGAUUUGCACAGCGUCAUAUUAUGAUGAAUGACAGCAUUGAAAGCUCAAGUCCUGAAAUGGAACUUUGUAAAUCUCCCAGUAAACGUUUAUUCAAUAUUCCCCGGAUAGAUAUUACAGCAGCCAGUACUUCUUCAAAGUCUUCCAAUGAUUCAACGUCAAUCCACCAUGACAAUAAUCGUUACCAGAGUCUCAAUCAGUCAGUAUUAGACUCUGAAGACGGAGAUUUUAAAUUGAUCUCAUCGCCAAAUAAACGCAAGAGCCCGAAUGUCACCAACAGCACAUCUAUUGAAGAAUCAAACAACGAAUUAAAGUCGAUAGACGAUCAGUGUGCAGAAGAAGAGGAGUUUAAAAUAUUUACGCCAAUUAAAAAAAGAAAGUCUAUCGGUAAAUUUAAGAAGAAUAACGCUAAUGAGUGUGUAUUUUCUACACCAAAAAAGCCAGUUGAUGAUCUGUGUAGCGAUAGAUGUGAAACUCCUAGAUUAGGUAUCAAUAUUUUAUUACCUGGGCUUGGUAAUGCCGUAGAAAAAAAUAAAAAUUAUAAUAAUAGUAAUAACAAUAUUGAAAAUAUAAAAAGAGAUGACGCAAUUUGUGAGGGGGCGCAGAGUGAUGGUGAUACGAGUGGUAGGCAGACACCGGAUAAUUUAAACCGUAUUAAAAUGAUUUCAUCUUUGAGCUCGAUUAAAAAAUCACAUCGAAAGGAUAAGUGGGCGAAAGUACGCACGCGUGAGUCGUCACGUUUAUUAGUUAAGAAAAAUAAUAAUAGUCUUAAUGUUAAAGAUGAUUUCGAAGAUCUCAGUAUGGUUAAUAACACGAGCUGGCGUUCAACUAAUCUUACCUACGACUCCAGUUCUGACGGUAUGGAAAAAAAUGAAUCAUCGGAGGAGCCAACAAGUCCUAAACCCUCAACUUCCUCGAUAAAUAAUCAUACGGCUGCUGGUAGCAAUGCAGAGCCAGUAGCUACUCCGCCUAAUUGCUUACAAGUAAAGAAGUAUUUAAUGCUGGUACAGAAUACUUCAAUAAAGAAAUCUCGUAAGAAAAUGCGGGAAAAGAAGAAGCACGACUCGAUUAUCGUUGCUGAUAAUGAUCAAGAUGAUGGUAAUUUGUCUGAUGGUUCUAUUUUUGAUGGAGAACAAAAGAAAAGCGAUUAUGAAAGUUCAGGGCUGAUGGAAGAUGAUGAUGAUGAUGAUGAUGAUAAUGAUUUCAAACCCUUAGAUGGUGAUAAUUAUGAUCGUAGUAAUAAGGUAUUAUCAAAGAGUACUUAUUCAAAAUCUCUUAACAGCAAUCGAUCAAAUGAUGGCUCUAUUUUUGGAUCUGACGAUGAAACAAAUAGUCCAAGUAAAUAAUAAUUUUUAA